ACUGGGCAACUGGAACUAGUUAGGCUGCUGCUCCGCAAGGGAGCGUCUUUGGUGAAGAGAACCAUGGGGGCCAAGGCUCCCCUUCACGCAGCAGCGAUGAAUGGAAAGACAGAAGUGGUGGACUUGCUGGUGCAGCAUGGUGCAACAUUAGACAUACAGGACCCCGACGGCUUCCAGGAGACUCCACUGAUGAAUGCAUGUCGCUACAACCACGUGGACACAGUUCGGCGACUGAUUGAGCUCGGAGCAAGACCUGAUUUGACCAACGGUCACGUAGGCCAGAAGUUAGCGGUAACAGCCGAAAUUCGUCAUGACUUUGCGGAAGAGAGUCUGAAGCUGAUAGAAGAGGCGAGGAAGACCAAGCUGUUGAGAUGCUGCAACCCUAAGUGUGGCAAACCAGGCUACAGGUCAACUGGAACCCUGAAGCUAUGUGGCCGUUGCAAGCUGACCCGCUACUGCAGCCGUGACUGUCAGAAACAACACUGGUCUGUCGGACACAAGAAGUGCUGUGGGAAUGAUGCGUACUCUAUCGAGGGGUCAGACCACUUCCAAUUGGGUCAAAAAUUAUGUAUGUACUUAGGAGAACAACAUCCAGAACUCUUAGACUACCAAUUCUGUAUAAAUCUUGCUUAUUCGAAGAAUAGUUAAGCACACGAUGCCGCUACAGAUAUGUAGUACUUACAAAUUAACAAGCAGUACGUUACCAAACCUUACGCU